CACAAGGCUUGGUCGGGAUCAGUCCCUGGGAAGCAGAGGCUGACAGAAGCUGAUACAGCCAACAGGAUUUUACUUGACAAUUCAGGUCGUGUGUGCGCAGGGUUUGCUGGGAACCAUGGAGAGGCUUCUGAUGCUAUUGCUGCGGCCGCCGCCACCGCUAGUGUUGAGACGGCUGCCUCCGGUAACCUGAUCCAGCCAUCGAACAGAUUGCUGGAAGGGCUGAAGCCAAACAGAAAGAGCACAGGGAUAAAGGCCAUUGAGGCUACCUCCAUCGUCCGGGAAAGUGCUUUGCUUCACAAACUGGACAGGGCUGAACCAUGGUGGACCCUGUGCCUGAGGAGGAGGAGGAAAAGGCAGGAGCUGAACCAAACAGUGUUGGAGAAGAUGGGGCAGCCGCAGCUGCAUCCUCUGCCCCUACUGGUGCCCAGCAACCUCCCAAUGGAACAUCUGCCUCUCCAAGCGUUCCCAGCAAAGCCGAGGGCCUGUCGAGCUACAGGGAAGGUCGGCAGCGGGAACAGUCGCCUAUGCUUCACCUUGAUCUGUUCAAUUUUGACUGUCCAGAAGCAGAGGGCAGCCGCUAUGUGCUCACCAGCCCCCGCUCAUUGGAGGCCUGUGCUAGAUGUGCAGUUAAGCCUGUGGAGCUGUUGCCUCGGGCACUGGCUGAUUUGGUGCGUGAAGCCCCAGGCCGCUCUAUGCGGGUGGCUACAGGGCUUUAUGAAGUGUAUGAGGCGGAGCGUCUAGCCAAGCUGCAGCAGUGCCGGGCUGAGCGCGAGCGCAUCAUCAGGGAGGAAAAACGACGUCUCUUCACUCCUCUGGGCUCCACAACAGCAGUUCCGACUACAGGUCCAGUCCUGUCUGCUGGCCCGGGCAGCAGCAGCAGCUGCAGCAGUAGCGCAAGCCUUCCAGCUUCACCUGCUCCCCGCGCUACCCGCAAAUCCUCUUCGUCUCCCUCGCAGGGUCGAACCAAGCCUCCUCCAGCUGCCUCCAGAUCAGGCAAAAAGAGUCACUCACUUGAUUCCCUGUCCCGCCGGCGAGAAGGUGCUCUAAGCUCAGAAUCUGGGGCCUCUUCUUCCUCCUACAGUGGUGAUAGUCUAAAGGAGCACUGGCUCCCCCGAAGCCCAGCCACUGGAGGACUCCUUGCCGGGUCUGCUGCCUCAGCCCCUAAUCCCCAGACUCGGCCGUCCGUCUUGACCCUCACUCCACUAUCGGGUCGCAGUUUCAGUUUGAGUGACCUAUGCCAUUCACCACAGACAACCCGUCAUGUGGAGAGAAUAGUGCGCCAGGUCCGUGAAGAGAAGGGCCUCCGCGGAUUGCCAGAACGUGAUCGUAAGAUUGCGGCUCUUAUGCUAGCCCGGCACCAGGAAGAAGAGCUCCUGCGUGAACAGCAAGCGCUUGCCCACGGCCAGUGGGAGCUGCAGCGGACCGAGGCCAUGAAGCAACGAGAGAAAGAGGAGAAGGAGAAGCAAAGGGCUCUUAUGAAAUGUCACCAGGUUUGGGUAGCACAAGUUGAAGACCGCCUGGACAAGUUGGACCGGGAGGAACGGAGGGCUGCCAGGCGACUGAGGCGCCGGUUUGCUCAAGGCGAGGAGCAGCGGCUUGAACACGUGGAGAGGCAAAGCCAACUUCGGCUUGAGCGGGCUCAGCGGGUGGCCUUGGAAGACAAGAUGCGUAAACUGCAACAAGAGCACAAUCUCAAACUUUGGGAGGAAGGUCGGCAGAAAGAGCGGGAGAGGGUUAGCCAUGCCCGACGGGAGAGGGCAGAGAGGGCAGCCCAAACAAAGCGGAGACAGGACACCUAUAUACAGAGGGAGAAGCAGCACCUAAGCCGGGCAGAGCGGGCACAUCAUGAGGCCCUGUUACAGGGGUUGGCCCGAAAAGAGCGGAAGGAAAAUGAAGGACUGCGAAUGUCCCUGGAAGCAAGCCUGGAUCGGGCACAGGAGAACUACGAACUGAUGUUGGCACAACGAAGCCGGCAUUUGCAAGAGAAAGCACGGAGAGAAGAAUUGCAAAGCAGGAGGGCUAAGGAGCUGGCAGAGCGCAAGGACAAAGAACACCAACAGCAUUUGGAGGCACUGGCCAGAGUGGGAGAAAUGCGGAUGCAGCAUGCGACUCAGGUGGCGUCAGAGGCCGUGCAGUUGAAAGCCCGUCGAGUAGGGCAGAGCCGGCUGGAGAAGGAGCGAACGCAGCGGGCCAAUAAGGAAAAGGUGGACCGGGAAAAGGACAGCCGUCGCAGGGAGCUGCAGCAAGCCAUCGAGCGCAAAUCUGAGAGGACCGAGCGCCUAUCCCGAGAGAGACGGAGCGCAUUGGAGAAUGCCCGUUCCAGUGCCCGUGCUUCUUUCCACGUACGUGAAAAGGUGCGUGAGGAGACUAAAACGCGCACCUUUGAUCGAAUGGUGAUGGAAGCCAAGCUUCACGCCAGUCUAGGCAGGAAAUGAGAGAGCUUUAGAUUGAAUGGCCCUUCCAGGCUCUAUUUUACUCCACCAUCAAUGCCUCUGGCCAAGUAUUUGGUUUCUAAAAAAGAUUGGGAGGCGGGAGAAUGGCACAAAUACUUCUUACCUCUCCCACUAUGGAAGAAUGCGUGGAACUUUACAGAAAAAGUCCAUCUUUACUUUUCAAGGACUACUUUUCUUUGGGACCCAGGGAGCUAAGGCUCAGCACAAUUCAUGACCACUCUCACCUGAGUUUUACUUUCUCAUAACCCCUUACCAAGCCUCCUUUGACCUUCUGGGUGGGAUUUCUUGGUAAUGAGCAAUGAGGAACUGGGGAGAAAGGGUAUUCUAGUGAUGGAUAUUCCAAGUUAUUCUGUCACUUUCCAGGUAAUAGCACAAAAAUGAUUACAGCACCGUCCUUUUCCUUUUCCCCUUCUGUGGCAGCUACUCUCUGCACCUUUCUAAACAGGGUUUUGUUUUAAGUGCCAUGACUGAGUGGAGAGAUAGGCUGUCUUGAGAUGGACUCUUUCUAGCCCUCUUCCUUGUCUUGAAAAAGAAAAGUAUAGGUCCAGUAUCUGGGAAUACUCAGGAAGGGAAGCACCGUUAGAAAUUUUAGUCCUACAGGUUACACAGGAAAACUUAUUUUUCCCUUUCUGGUUUUAACAUAUACUUGCUGGAUGUGGGAGAACUCUAGUUCCAGAGGCUGCCUUGUUCUAUCCUGAUUAAAGUGUUCUAGUGAUGGUGGUGGUUAGGAGUCUGUUGACUGACCAUCCCAGUGUAGAGUUUGGAAAGAAUUUGUAACUAAGUUGCUUUAAUACUCACCAGAGAGCAGUCAUGCCUUAAAUAGCAGUGCUAUCCUCAUGUGCCUGCCUUCAUUUCUUCAAUGCUUUGCCCUCAAAACAUCAGCUCCAAGGUGGGCCCCCACAGAGAUUGGUCAUCUAUUUCCUCUGUGGUAGAACAAUGAAAUCCUUACAGCUCUGUUAGCAAAGUUGUGUUUCUGGCAACACUGAGUAUUAUACAGAAUUGCUUGUCUACAAAGUUUGUCACUGGACAACUUUGCUUUUUCUGUCUGUUAAUUUUUCUCUUCCUUCCUGUUGUUUACAUGAGAAAAAAGAAUUGUCUGUCAACCAGACCCUUCUUUACAUAGACUCCUUCCCCUUCCCAUCCCCCCCAAAGUUGUGUUGUCCUAAAUAGGAGUACCCAGAGUCCUAUCUUAAUGGUCCCUGGUUCUCUUCCCUUCCACUUGAAGUCAUUUACCUAGUUUCUCUGCAUCUGCCAAGUGAAGAGAGUGAUACUUCUUUUCUAGCAUUUCUGAGGUUCCAGGAUUAAAGGAGAAGCAUUAGUAUUAAUAACUAUUUUUGCUUUUUUUUUUCUCCACUUAGGAUUGAGAGGAAGGAGAAGCUAAGUAGGAAUAGGGAUUGGACCUUUGAUGCCAUUGAUGGAGGAAAGUCCCAGAUAAAGAAAAUCUCUCCACAAAUGCCAGUCAGCAACUCAAUCUUAGAGAGUUUCCUGAAGCAUUAAGAGGAUAAAUGACUUGCCCUGUAUCAUACAACUGUGAUAUGCCAGACUAGAGAUUUAAAACCCAAGUCUUAACGUUUAUAAGACUUUUAUUCAUUCUACCAGGGCUGCCUCAUACCACUCUAAUUCUUUGCUGAAAACAGGGAUAUCAAAGAACCCUAGAAAUGGAAGGGAAGCAAUGUCUAAUGCAGGAGGUCCCCCUGCAAUAGUCAGUUAGUUACCCAUACUCUGCUUAAACAUUUCCAGGGAUAGAAAACACAUUGCUUUAAAAAUAUGUAUUUUGUCUUUACAUUUAGGAAUAUGUCACUCAUCACAGUCCAAUGAGCUGUCACUUGUAGUGAAUAAGAAACAAAGAAAAAAACAGCUUAACAAACUAAUCAACAUUAAUUUGACUCUACAUGCAACUUUUCAUACUCAUAGAUUGUAGUCUCUACAAAGAAGGGAGAGAGUGCUUAUUGUUUUUAUAGGUGGAUUAUUCUGUUGUCAUAUAGCUCUCAUUAUUAAAGAAAUACUGUAUUGAAAUUUAAUUCCCUCUGAAAAGAAUUGGACCUGGUUCUGUCCUCUUUAGAGAAGGAAGAUGGGAAAAUAUUAUUCUUUACAUUUAAAAAAUAAGGGAAGAGACAUGAAUUAAAUACAUUUUGUGUAGGGUAGUCAUCAUGGUAGGAAAAAGAACCUACUGGAACUUAGAUUUAGGGAGAUCUGGGUGCAUUUCUUACACUUUAUAGCUGUGUAACUCUGGACAAGUGACAUUUCCCCAAGAAUUAUGUCAUGAUGAGUUGCUAACUGCCUCUGUGGAGGGAGUUCUUCUGGGGAAGGUAGGGUGCUUCCCAUUAAUGAAAUCACAGAUGCUUCAAAGAUUCAGUAGGCAGACUUCUUUCUAGAAGUUUUGGUCAGGUGCUGACAUCUAUUGAGUAUAAAUGUCAGAGAAAAUGAUGUUUUUGUAUUAAACUUAAGACCCUGAUGAAAUCAGAAGUAUCAACUUUCUCAGCUUUAAUCUUGAAAAGGAUUUUUUUAUCCAUGGAAUUUUUCUUCAUUGCAACCCAAAUGUCAGUAACUUGUAAUGGCCAGCAUUGCGUAUUCUUUGAGGGUUUUAAAAUAAGAGAUUAUAAUGUAGUUGUGGCUACUUAUUUUCUUUUCCGUUAUUGAAUGUUAAAGGACUUCUCAAACUUUAAUGAAAAAAAUCAAUUCUGAGAUUUAUUUCUUCUAUAUGAAUGUGUGUAUAUGUAUCUUUAUUAUGAAACUGAAAAUUGAGACAAGGUUUUGUGGGUAGAACAACUGAAAAGUAGUUAGAUAAUAUGAUCUAAGUUUAGUCCAUGUUUGUGGUUGUUGUUCUUCUUUUACUUACACUGUAACAUGUGUACAUCACCUCUGUGUGCCUCAGUUUAUCCACUUGUGAAACAGGAACAAUGAUGCCUGUCCCUCACUUAUUUCAUAGGGACAUUGUACAAAUGAAUGAAAAUUUCAGUUUUACUCUAUUCUCCCUGUCCCGUAUUUAUACUUUGGAGAAGUAUUUGAAAUCACUAUUCUCUCUCCACAGGGCAGCUAGGUGGCACAGUGGAUGAGGGCCAGGCCUGAAGUCAAGAAGACAUAUCUUCCUGAGUUCAAAUCUAGCCUCAGAUGCUUCCUAGCCAUGUGGCCCAAUGCAAAUCACUUAACCCUGUUUGUUUCAGUUUUCUUAUCAGUUACAUGAACUGGAGAAGGGGCAAACCAUUCUAGUAUCUUUGCCAAGAAAACUCCAAAUGAGGUCAAAAACAGUCAGACUCCACUGAAACAACUGAAUAACAUUAACUCCUCAAUGGGUUGCCUUACAACACUCUAUGGAACUUAUUUGGUUUAUGCAAAUAUUCUGAUAUGGAAGUCAGAUGUCUCAAAAAGGUUAUUCUUCAAUUUGAAUUACAUGUGGCUAAUUUAGUCAUCACUAAAGUAGAUGAUGACUCACUUGAGCUUAGAAAAAGGUUGUAUAUAAAAGCAAAAGUAUUGGUUUCUUAAGAAUAAAAAUAAUUGUCCAUGGUGGUUAUAAUGAUACAACAGAAGAUAGAGCUCAAAUUUAGUAACAGUGAAGUUCUGUCAAGGCGAAUUUUUGACUAGUACAAUUUUGACUAGUACAAAAAUGAGCCUUGGCAGAACUUUACUGUUCUUGAACUUGGAGACUGAAGUCCUCAGCUAAAAUUCUAGCUUGGAUGAUUACUAUCUGUGUGACGAAAGACAAGUUAUUUUACCCUCCCCCCCCAAACCUCAGUUUCUUUAUCUGUAAAAUCAAGAGUAAUAAUAUUUGUCCUACUUCCCUCAUAGGAUUUGGUCAACUUUCCAGCAGCUCAGCUUUGGUAUCAACCAUUGAAAUUAGUGUUCAAGUUGCUUUCUAGGUGAGGAGGGCAAUAUAUAUCCAAGGAAGUACAAUUAAUUCACAAGCCCUCUUGUUUUAUAGAUGAGGGCACAAAGACUCAGAUAUGGAGGAUAUAGAAAGAUAAUGCAAAUAGGAGAGAAUAUUUGUUUUCUCCAUUGACGGAGGGAAAAUAUAAAGGAUCGAUCUGGAAAAACUAGAGUAAAUUUAAAGAAUGGGAAAACUUGACUUACUUCUUCUGGUAUAAGAAUCUACUAGAGGACUCCAAGAUUAUUCCCAUUGCCACUUGGAAGAUUUAUUCACACAGAAUAGAGGUAAUGCACAGAAGCAAGAGAAAAAGAAGUUUCAGUUUGUUGGAACUUGAGGCCAGGUCUUUGGUUUCAAAGUUGAGUGUUCUUCCCAUGUGAACUUACAGUCUUAGAUUAAAUUGAUGAGUCAAGAAAAACUUACGCCAUGCUCAGAAUAUGACAAAACACUAUAGGAGGGCAAAAAGUAGGAAACUUCCUUCUAAAUGUUCUGCAGUUAUUAUAGAAUCAUAAAAUUAGGCAUUAAACAAAGGUUCCAUAUAAUAAGGACCAAAAAGAAGAAAGUUAAUUUUUAUAAAUUUGUUUCAUAUGAAGAGAUAAAACAUGAUAUAAUGCAGGAAAAAAAAACAAAAACAAAAAACCAAAACACUAGAUUCAGAAUUAUAAGGUCUGAGUUUGUGUCCUGGUUCUCCUAUACAAAUUAUAUCGGCCUUGCCUACCUCACAGGGUUGUUGUGAGGAUCAAAAGGAGAUCAUGUAUUUGGAAAGGCUUUUUAAGGUAUAAAAUGUUCUAUAAAUGUAAGAUAUAAUUACUAUUGUAA